AUGAGGGCUAAAGUAUGGUUGAGUGUUGCCCUAGUACUGACCUCCCAGACGACCAUCAGAGUAGGAACCAUUAAAUGCAUGGGAACUUCUGCAGUGCCUAUUCCACAUGAAUGGCACCAGGAAGGCAAAUACAUCAUUGGUGGCAUAGCAUCCCUCCUUCAUUAUGGGUUCCCCAACUAUGCGUACAACGUGCACCCUUCUGAGGAAUCAUUUACCUUCCCAUUUGUGAUAACCAAGUUCUACCAACACAUCUUGGCUUUAGUGUUCGCCGUGGAAGAGCUCAACAAGGAUCCUCACAUUUUGCCCAACAUCACUCUUGGAUUCCACAUCUAUGACAGCUACUCGGAUGCACUAAUGACCUAUCGUACCAUUCUGGACCUGCUUUUUAAGUUGCAUAAAAUUGUCCCCAACUAUAUUUGUGGGACUGAAAAGAAAAUGAUGGGAAUCAUUGGAGGGAUGAGCCCUGAAACAUCUAUACGUAUGGCAGAAAUUUUGCAGCUUUUCAAGAUUCCACAGAUUUCCUAUGGCUCAUUUGAAUUGGCAGCGACUGAUGAAUCGCGUUUCCCUCCUUUUUAUCGCAUGGCCCCCGAUGAAGCUCUCCAAUAUGACGGAUUAAUCCAGCUCCUCCUCUACUUUGGAUGGAAAUGGCUACCUCCUGUCUCGUUAUGUAACGAUCCUUGCCCUCUUGGGAAAAUAAAGAACAAGAUUGAAGGGAAAAUUUUUUGCUGCUAUGCUUGUGUUCGGUGUCCAGAAAAGAUGAUAUCCAGCCAAACGGACAUGGAGAAUUGUGACCGUUGUCCAGAGGAUCAAUUUCCAAACGAAGCUCAUAAUGAGUGCAUUCCAAAGACCCUGAAUUUCCUCUCCUUUGAAGAGCCACUGGGCAUUACUUUGGUGUCUCUGUCUCUUCUUUUUUCCCUGGUUACAGCUUUGGUGUUUACAAUCUUCAUUAAGCAACGGGACACUCCCAUUGUCAAAGCCAAUAAUCGCAACAUCACCUAUCUUCUUCUUAUCUCUCUCUUUAUCUGUUUCCUCUGCUCACUUCUGUUCAUUGGACAGCCCAAUAAGGUGACUUGCCUCCUCCGACAAACAACAUUUGGCAUCAUCUUCUCUAUUGCGAUCUCUUCUAUAUUGGCCAAAACCAUCACCGUCAUUGUAGCAUUCCUGGCAUCAAAGCCAGGAAGCCUAUUCCACAAAUGGGUGGGGCAAAGGUUGGCCUAUUCUAUCGUCUGCUUCUGUUCCUUCAUUCAACUAGGUAUCUGUAUUGUUUGGCUGGGUACUUCUCCUCCAUUUCCAGAUUUGGACAUGGAGACCCUCCAUGGAGAAAUCUUAAUAGAAUGCCAUGAAGGUUCAUUCACCAUGUUUUACUGUCUUUUGAGCUACAUGGGCCUCCUGGCUCUUCUCAGCUUCACUGUGGCCUUCCUAGCCAGGAAGUUACCAGAUAGUUUCAAUGAAGCCAAGUUCAUUACUUUCAGCAUGUUGGUGUUCUGUAGUGUUUGGGUGACCUUUGUCCCCACCUACCUGAGCACCAAAGGGAAGUACAUGGUAGCUGUGGAGAUCUUUUCUAUCUUGUCUUCCAGUGCUGGUUUACUAGGAUGCAUCUUCAUCCCCAAAAUCUAUAUAAUUAUAUUGAGGCUCUCCAUCUCCUUCGGGAGGAAAUACCAAGAGCAAAUACCAGAAUAG